AUGAUUACCGCUCUGAGCUGGUUUUCAGCUUAUAGUGUCCAGACCCUGUCACUAUGUGCAUUGAUAGUCUUCGUGGCCAAUAAGGUAUGGAAACACCUACGCCACCCUCUCCGUGAGUUUCCCGGCCCGCGUCUUGCAGCAUGGACAGAUAUACCUUACUGCUACUGGCUACUUGGCGGCCGCCAGCCGUUUGUAUUACUUCAGCUGCAUGAGAAGUAUGGUCCUGUUGUUCGGAUAGCGCCAAAUGAAUUAUCUUUCAACACCGCAGCCUCGUGGAAAGACAUAUAUGGCUACCGCCCUGGUCAUAGGACAUUUGUCAAGGGAGAAUUCUACGAUGGCGCUGCUUUCGUGAAGAGCCAUGCCACGAGAUCGCUCAUAAACACCAAAGAUCCGACCGAACACGGGAAGAUGCGACGAUAUCUUGCCAACGCUUUCUCAGACAAGAGUCUGAGGGAGCAGGAAUCGCUUGUCGCUCAAGAAGUGGAUAAGCUGGUGGAAAAAUUGGGAGAGGCUGGGCUGGCAAAAGACGGGACGGAUUUACAGAGAUGGUUGAACAUGGCGACUUUUGACAUCACAGGAAGUUUAAGCUUCGGUAGAAGCUUCGAUGCGCUACAAAACGAACAGACGACUGACGACCCACAGAUGGCCCGGCAUCCAACCGUGGCAUUUAUUCUGCGUGCAAUCCUUACGCUUUCAUUUGUGGACACACUAACCGUUCCGGAAAGGCGAAUAGACAAGCCCAGCAAUAGACCAGACAUUCUCACUCGAAUCAUCGACAAAAAGGAUGAGGCAGGAAUAUCAGAUAUUCAAAUUGCAGCUCAUGCCGCAGAUCUGCUGACCGCGGGAAGUGAUUCAACCAACACUGCGAUGGGCACCGUAUUCUACUACCUCCUCAAACGGUCCGACAUUAUGCAGCGAUUGCAAGCUGAGAUUCGGUCGUCCGUCGAAUCGUAUAACGAGAUCACUGCCCUAUCCACAAAUAACUUGCCAUUCCUGAUAGCUGUCAUUCGUGAAGCGAUGCGAAUUUAUCCACCGGUUCCACUCGCACUACCUCGUAUCGUGCCAGAAGGCGGCGAUACCAUUGAUGGCCGGUUCGUGCCAGCUGGAACCGGGGUGUCAACACACCCUUUCGCAGCGUGCUUGGACGCGAAGAAUUUCGAAGAUCCAUGGAUUUUUCGUCCCGAGAGGUGGCUGGGGAAAAGCGAGCAAAACGUCCGAGAAGCAUCUCAGCCCUUCUCGUUGGGGACUCGGGGAUGCAUCGGACAGAAGUGA